AUGGGCAAUAUCCUCACUGUCCGCCGCGCGCUCUACUUUGUCAUCGCCGUGCUGCUGUACGGCACGCUUGGGGUCGCCGCUGCGCUGGUGCACAAAUGGCGGCUGAGUGGCACGAUCGUCUUCUACCGGCGGCCGUAUGGGAACGGCAGCUUGAUCGGGAUACCAGAGCGCAUGAGCACGCAGACGCGGUACCACCUCGGCCCGAGCAUCGCGGUGCUCGUGUGGACUGUGCUCUCGUCGCUCUACCUCAUUGGAUUCUACCUCGCGCCCGUGUCGCCCAGCCUCGGGCUCGAGAUCGGCACGCUUGGCACGCUGUUCGUCCAAGGCGUGAUCAGCUUGGGCUACCUCACGACCUACUGGCGCGUGUUCGGCGACACGUCCAAGGAGGGCGUGUGGGUGAAUCAAGGCCAGAAGAACGUCGGCAUCGCGACCCUCGUCCUCGGCUGGGUCACUGUCGCUCUGAUCGGCUCGCUCGUCCGCGUGCUGUACAUCUACGGCUACGUGCAGCGGGAUGUCCUCAAGGCCGAGGAGGUGUGGCCCCGCACGCUCAUCGACAUUGUCGAGGCGACACGGGAGCCCACCUCCCCCGUGGACGAGUACGAGCGCCUCAUCCCCGAGCGCGAGCGGGAGCCGGAGGCCGCCGAGCCAUCCGGCCUCGCGGCCGUCUUCUCGCCCAACGCGCUCCGUAUCCUCGCGUACGCCGUCGUCGGGCUCACUGCCGCCGCGACGCUCGGGCUCGACGCCGCCCUCGUCCACUGGUUCGCCAAGGACGGCGGCUUCAACUACACGCCGCACUUCCCUCCCUCGGACGGCAGCCACGAGUUCACCCCGGGCGGCCCGAUCGCCGUGCUCGUCUUCGCGGCGGUCACCACGCUGUUCAUACUCAUCCGGCCCCGCCUCACGCUCAACAUCGGCCUCGAAUCGUCGGCGAUCUUCAUCCUCACCGCCCUCGGCAUCACCAACAUGUCCGUGCUGAGCACCUACUGGCCCCUGUUCAACCCGUACCAGCGGGGGGCGCUCACGGGCGUCGGCAUCGCGACCCUCAUUGUCGGCUGGAUCGCGGCCGGCGCACUGCUCUUCCUCCUCGUGCUGGAGCUGCUCGUCGUCCUGCGCUCGGUGAGGGGCGGCGUUGGGGGCGUCUGGAACGCGACGUUCACCGAGCUCGUGCGCGGCAAGACGCUCUGGUGGGUCUACGUGCCAGAGGAACACCCGUCGUGGUAUGCCCAGCUGUCGGGUGUUGCCGCCGAGCGAGAGGCAGAGGCGAGCGGAAGUGGCGAGGUGCGAGCUGAGUAAGGUACGAGCAGUUCGUCAUGGCGCUGGACGCCGAAGAGGCCGAGAAGUGAUUGCCCGGGCGCCGCGGACAACCAACCAACGCCAGACAAUAGGUGUGGCCGUGGUGGCGGUGGGCACCGCGUCGUGUGUGCGUGCACAUGCACAUACGACGCGGUGAUCAAUGUACUGUUGUUGUUC